GUUCAAGCUCAUUCAAUGGGGGAUUCAAGGCGAAAAGAGCACAUGCGUGUAGGAGGAAGUGGCAGUCAAGCUAUUGGAGGAGGGCGGACCUCUCGACAGCGGAGCCGUGAUGACCGCUCUCGGAGGGCAUGGAGCGACAGGGAGGAUAUGCACUUCAUAGCUUCUCUGAAAGAGUUGGUUGCUACUGGAUGGAAGUCCGACAACAGAUUCAGACAAGGGUAUCUCCAAAAGUUGGAAGAAUCCAUGCGCCGUGAGUUCCCGAACACUGAUUUGAGGGUCAGCCCCCAAUUCACAUCGAAGCUUCACACUUGGAAAAAGUUUUACUCUGCUGUGGGUAAUAUACUGGAACGGAGUGGUGUUGGGUUCAACAACCACGGCGACUACAAAAUCGACUGUGACGAGCAUAUUUGGAGUGAAAUAAUCAAGGCUGACAGUGGUGCUCGUUUUCUUCGCUACAAGUCGUGGCCGUAUUACAAUGACUGGAAGAUGGUCUUCGGGAAGGAUCGGGCUAGCGGCCACAGCGCCCAAGAUACUGACCGUGCUAAUGAAAUUAACGGCUCCGGAUCCCGUGAUUCAAACACGGGACGCCACUUGAAUGAAAGCCAACCGGGAUGGGACGAUGGGUACGAAGGAGUCGGUAUGAAUGAUCAUGGAACAGCUGAUGACCACACCGACAGCGUCCACAGCAACGUUGUGGACAGUGAACGUCCUGCUGCAAAGAAGAAGCGUAAAAGGGGUGAUGCAUUUGAUGGUCUUAUCGAUGUCACUGGUAAAUUACACGAUGACACAAAUGCAAGGCUUGACCGUUUAUCGGCUCGCAUUGGAUAUGAGUUCGACGUCACUAAGGCAAGGAAGGAGGUGUUUCAGAUGAUGAGUUCCAGGGCUCACCCUGUCUCAGGUGUUCAUUGCUUCGGACGCUAUACUUGCGAGGGUUGAACGGCUUGACUACUUCAUGAGUCUGCCGGAGGGUGCACGUCAACCCUAUGUGUGGCAUGCGCUUGAGCAUUACACUA